ACUAAUUGGCCUCUGUUCCCCGCAUCGCUGGGCCGCAAACCCCACCGGCGGCGGCUCCGACAGCACCAUGGCGCUGCGCUCCCUGUCGAGAGGCUUUCCGGCCGGUGUGCUCCGGCAGGCAUCGCCGGCGGCCGGCUUCCGCCUCAUGGGCACCCGCUGCCAGGCGAAAGAAGCGCAAGAAGUGCUGGCAAGUCUGCAGAGCGCGAUGAGAGAGACACCUGUUCUGGCCUCCGAACGCCACCUCCUGUUACACCAACAGUUCACUGACUUGCAGGAGAAGACGAGGCGUGAUCUGGAGAGGAUGUUGAAGUCUGCCAACAACAUGAGGAAGGCCGCGGAUGCAAUUCUUUGUGUUACGAUCCUAGGGGUUCCGUUGCUUCUCGUCAUGGGAAGCAAGGAUCAGGCUUGAUAACCUCCUUUCGUCGCUUCCUGGUGCUUGGGAGCAAGGACCAACUCAGUACCAGUAAGCUGUACAUGCUGCGCAUGUGACAUAUCACCUGUCUAGUUUUGAAUUGAAGUCGCAAUGUUACUUUAUAAAAAUUAGAGUGGUGCGUCUGACUUAUGUCUUUAUAUCUUUAGCGGGCCUGGUCUUAUCUCAACUAAAUUGAGUAUGCAUACAUGAUAAUAUGUACUGCAUAAGACCUUAGAGCAUAUCUCUAGUUUACAAAAUGACAACUUCCUCUAAUACUUGGAAGAACAACUUAAGCUCCUCGUCUUUGUUUAUUGGCGUGCCUGUGUUGGCUCAUGUACUGCUUAGGGAAGAGGAUGGGGAAUUGAGUGCAUACAUCAGCGUAUUCGGGAAA